AUGUUUAAUCCACGUACAUUAGAUACUCCAGCUGUGAUUUUUGAUAGUGGAUCUGGACUCAUAAAAACAGGCUUGUCUGGACAGAUAGGACCCUAUCACAUCAUCAGCUCUGUUGUAGGGCAUCCAAAAUUCAAGUUCUUUCCAGAAGGAGAUGAUCAGAGGAAGUACUUCGUGGGGGAAGAAGCCCUGCAAGAGUGUGAUCUCCUCUACCUGGACUAUCCUAUCAAGCGUGGCCUGAUCCUGGAGUGGGACAACAUGGAGAAGAUUUUACAGUACCUUUUCGAGAAGGAGCUCUGCGUGAAAUCUAGUGACCAUCCCGUGCUGAUGACGGAGUCCCCCUUGAACCCGAGAGAGAUUCGUGAGAAGACGGCAGAGGUGAUGUUUGAGACCUUCAAUGUGCCGGCUUUCUAUCUGUCCAAACAAGCGGUAGCAGCACUCUAUGCCUCUGCCUGUGUCACAGGCCUGGUGCUGGAUAGUGGGGAAGGGCUCACUUCCACUGUCCCCAUCUUCGAGGGUAACCCCCUGCCUCAUGCCAUCACCACACUCUGUGUGGCAGGAAAGGACCUCACAGAGCACCUUGCUCGGGUCCUCCUGGCUGGUGGGCAUAUCUACCCCAGCAUACUCAAAAGACACUUGAUCAAUGACAUUAAAGAAAAGCUGUGCUAUGUGGCCUCUGAUCUAGCGAUAGAGCAAAACAAGGCACGGAAGGAGGUCCUGAAAGAAUACAGCCUACCAGAUGGCAAUGUCAUCUGGAUGGGGGAACAGAGGUACCAGGUGCCUGAGGCCCUCUUUCAGCCUGACCAGCUGGCUAUCCACACCCCUGGGCUGUCGAGAAUGGUCACCCGCAGCAUCAUGAAGUGUGAUGCUGAGAUCCAGCAAAGCCUUUUUGCGGAGAUUGUGCUGGCUGGGGGCACCACUCUGUUCCCUGGGCUCGGGGAACGCCUCUUGAAAGAUCUGGAACAGCAGCUGACUAACACGGGGAUUUCCGUCAAGAUCACAGCUUCUCCUGAGCGGUGCUACUCUGGGUGGAUUGGUGCAUCAGUGAUGGCCUCUCGUAGCACAUUCAAGCAAAUGUGGGUCACCUCUGAUGAAUUCAAGGAGUUUGGCCCAUCUGUGGUCCAGAGAAAAUGCUUGUAG